AUGGGCAAAUUCAUUAAAGGUGGUCUAGACAACGGAUUUAAAAAAAAAACAGUAAAGAUGAUGGCUAAUAGUCUCGAUGCCGUAAACGCAAAUCAGCCUACGCAAAAUGGAAGUAAGCUUCAACCAUGUAAUAAUGAGUCUAAGACUAAUUUGAUAGUCAACUAUUUGCCACAAACAAUGUCCCAAGAAGAAAUCAGAUCACUUUUUUCAAGUGUCGGCGAAGUGGAAAGCUGCAAGUUAAUAAGAGAUAAAGUUACUGUUUUUCCUGAUCACAUUCUCAAUGGCCAAAGUCUCGGGUAUGCAUUCGUCAAUUAUCAUAAGCCUGAAGAUGCCGAAAAAGCUGUGAACACACUGAAUGGUCUACGAUUACAGAACAAAAUUAUAAAAGUGUCCUACGCUCGUCCCAGCUCAGAUGCCAUUAAAGGCGCUAAUCUUUACGUUUCUGGUCUCCCUAAGCACAUGACGCAGCAGGAUCUGGAGAAGUUAUUCAGUCCGUUCGGUACAAUAAUAAGUUCGCGCAUCUUACAUGAAAAUAUGAACGUCGGGCAUUUAUUGCAAGGGGGCAUGGAAGAACAAGGGAUUCAAGGACCUUCCAGAGGGGUUGCAUUUAUUCGUUACGAUCAAAGAAUCGAAGCAGAGAAUGCUAUAAGAGAGUUAAAUGGCACUAUACCGCCGGGAGGUACGGGACCUAUUACAGUGAAAUGUGCAAACAAUCCAAGUAACCAAAACAAGGCCCUGGCUCCACUGGCUACGUACCUCGCGCCGCCCACCGUCCGUCGCUUCUUGGGGCCCGCGGGUAAGGCUCUGCUCGCCAUUAAUAAAGGACUACAACGAUACUCGCCGCUUGCGGAUCCCCUCGUCCAAGGUAACGCACUAGGCGGUUCAGGUUGGUGCAUUUUUGUUUACAAUAUCGGUGCCGAUACAGAAGAAAGUGUGCUAUGGCAGCUGUUUGGCCCCUUCGGAGCGGUUCAGAGUGUUAAAAUUAUAAGAGAUCCCACCACCAACAAGUGUAAAGGCUACGGUUUUGUUACAAUGACCAAUUACGACGAGGCAGUAGUCGCUAUCCAGUCACUGAAUGGCUAUUCCCUCAAUGGACAAGUGCUGCAAGUCAGCUUCAAAACAAACAAGAGUAAAUCCUAA